UUUGAGAGUAGACAUCUGAGGUUGGUUGAAGGGAAGAACGAAGAAUGGCGUCUUCAUCAUCAGCGUCGGGAACGGCGGUUACGGAGCGGAGAGGGAUUCCGGGUGCUCAGUUCGUUGAAGAUGUUCAAACUUAUCUCAAUCAAUCUGGUCUUGAUGUCAACUCUGCCCUCGCUUUCCUUCAAGAAAGGCUUCAGCAAUACAAGUUAGUUGAAAUGAAGCUUCUUGCUCAGCAGAGGGAUCUUCAGGCAAAGAUACCAGAUAUUGAGAAGUGCUUAGAUGUUGUUGGCACAUUGCAUGCUAAGAAGGGUACUGGUGAGGCACUUCUUGCUGAUUUUGAAGUGUCAGAAGGAAUAUAUUCGCGAGCUCGCAUAGAGGAAACUGACUCAGUCUGUUUGUGGCUGGGAGCAAAUGUUAUGUUGGAAUAUUCAUUGGAAGAGGCUACUGCUCUGUUACAGAAAAACCUGGAAAAUGCUAGAGCUAGUUUAGAAGUUCUGAUUACUGAUCUGGAGUUCUUGAGGGACCAAGUUACAGUAACUCAGGUUACAAUUGCUCGCGUGUAUAAUUGGGAUGUUCAUCAACGGAGAAUCCAACAAGCUAUUGCCACGCCUACUUCAGAAUAGCAAAGAAAAUUUUUUUCCCCGCCUGUUUCAACAUUUGGGCAGCUGUACGUACCCUUUCAGCUGAGAGUACGAUUCUCAUCUCUGUUCACUCUAGUUUUUAGAUGGAUUGCUGUUACAUUUUCAUCCUUAUUCUGGUUUCACUACAUUAGAUCAUGGCACUCGAGAAUAGGAACCAGUUUUGAUAAGUGCCGAUUGAUUUACUGGUCUCUAUUUGUAAAAAUAGUACCAUAUUUAUGUAGUAGGUCAAUGGGGCAUGCUUUGUUUGGUGUGAUCAUAUGGAUGACAUUUUGGAAUUUAUUUAUACUUUGUUGAAUUUGACAAUGGUGGCAUUUUGAUUGAUUGUCUAACCAAAAGCUGUUAUUUGAAUUCAAAAAAUGGACUGUGAGGGCAAUCAAAAGAUGACCCCCCAAUGUAGGGUUCAGUCAACUAAUGAAAUCUGUCGGUAGAAUUACGCAAUUUGAAGGGACAACACGUCAUAAUCAAUAGCUAUCCAAAGAUGUUGCACCUUAUCCUUCCUCCUAAGAGUCGUAGAUCUUGUACGGUUUCUGACAUAUAAAAUAUAAUAUAGUAUGCCAUUAAUUUAGAUGCGGUCUUUUUUUUUUUUCAGAUCCUGUGUUAAUGUGGAAUGUUUAUACACUAGGUUGUCUCUAUUUUUUUUAUAGCAUGAAUUUAAUUGCUAUACACUGAAAUUUUUAUAA